CCUCCCCCCCUUUCUCUAGUGCAAAAUGGCGGCGACAGCUCCUUCUCCAGCUGCUCCCGCGGCGGCUCCGGCACAGAGUCCGACGACGGCGCCCACCACACCGACAGGAAACGCUCCCCCCCCUGCCGCGCCGCUCCCGCCUGCCACUUCAGCACCGCUGCCGCCGCCGGCCGCGCCGCUGUCGGCUGCGCUCUCGGGCCCGUUCCCCGGCGGCCGCGUGGUGCGGCUGCACCCGGUCGUGCUCGCCUCCAUCGUGGACAGCUUCGAGCGGCGCAACGAGGGCGCGGCGCGGGUCAUCGGGACGCUGCUGGGAACUGUGGACAAGCACUCGGUGGAGGUCACUAACUGCUUCUCCGUCCCUCACAACGAGUCCGAAGAUGAGGUGGCAGUCGAUAUGGAAUUUGCCAAAAACAUGUAUGAGUUGCACAAGAAGGUGUCUCCUAACGAGAUCAUCUUGGGCUGGUAUGCAACAGGCCAUGACAUCACAGAACAUUCUGUCCUCAUCCAUGAAUAUUACAGCCGGGAAGCACAUAAUCCAAUCCAUCUCACUGUGGACACGAGUCUCCAGAAUUCACGCAUGAGCAUUAAAGCCUAUGUCAGUGCCCCAAUGGGAGUCCCUGGUAAAACUAUGGGCGUGAUGUUCACACCUCUGACAGUGAAGUAUGUUUAUUAUGAUACAGAGCGGAUAGGAGUGGAUCUUAUCAUGAAGACUUGUUUUAGCCCUAAUCGAGUGAUUGGCUUGUCCAGUGACUUACAGCAGGUGGGGUCAGCAUCAGCCAGGAUUCAGGACACCCUCACCAUGGUGCUGCAGUAUGCAGAGGAUGUGUUGUCUGGCAAAGUGGCUGCUGACAACACUGUUGGUCGUUUCCUGAUGGAUCUCAUUAACCAGGUGCCAAAGAUUUCACCAGAGGACUUUGAGACAAUGUUGAACAGCAAUAUCAAUGACUUGCUGAUGGUAACCUACUUGGCAAACCUCACACAGUCACAGAUUGCUCUCAAUGAAAAACUUCUGAGUUUAUAAAGAAAAUUGUGCCACCCUACAUGUCAAAGAGCCUGAAGAAUGGGCAAGAAACACUUUUCUAUGUUGUUACAAAAUUUCCCCAGAUGUUAAUUUAAUUACCUAGAUGACUUGGUUUACAUCUUUAUUUCCAUUGUCCUGAAAAAUCCUUACCAUGGUUUAGCAAAUUCAUGGGAACUGCUGCAAUUUAGAUGAGCCCAGUAUUUUUAAACUGAUCAUGAGUCUUUUGUCACUUGGGUUUAUGUACUUGUAUAACAAAAUACAGCUUUAUUGUAAUUGAAAUAAAAAGUUCCAUUGCAAUGGCAAGAUUGGCUUCUGUCCAGAAGAAAAACUUGUUUCAUUCAUUAUUGUAUAAUGAAUCCACUUUUGAAAGAAAAGGGGGGAUAACAUGACAUCAGGAAAGAAAACCAGAGUGGAUGCAACUCAACUUCAAUUCUGCAGGCUUUUGCAGGGUGGUUGUUGUUUUUUUUUUCAGCUGUUAAAGCACACUGAAAGUGUGACUUCUUGUGUUGUGCGUAAUAUGGAGGACUACAGGAUAUUAUGGCCACUGAUUUAUUAGUGGUGCUAUGUAUGUGCCCUUCUUCAGCAGGGUACUGACAGAGUAUGAGACUGAAUUCAGACUUUUAGAAGUCUGUUUAGCUAUACUGAGGGGGAAGGUUGGAUGAUGGAUUGUAAGUGUCCCUCUUCUACAACAUAAUUGUUCCCCCUAAUUACUGAUGAUGAUUUCCGAUGCCUCACAUCUGUUUUGAUAAAUGAAUUUGAAAUUUACCAGGAUUGGGACUCAGGUUACAGAUCUGUAGAUCCUAUACUGGUUCCAAUGUGGAGAAUUCCCCUAGUGACUAAAUGCUAAGUUCUAAUUGCAAGGACAAGGUGCAUGAGAACUGAAGGUAUAGCAAGGAUUCUCACCUCUUUGAAAAUGUUAUUGGUGAGCAUUAAGUAAGUUCAAACUCGGCUCACAUUUUUUAUGUCUGAAUAAAAAUCUUUGGUUUCCCUUCUUUAAACUUAAUAUUCAUAACUUGGGCCAUUUAAAUAUUUUGCAGAUUUUUAGGUCAAGGUGUUCUUUAAAGUAAGCCUUGAAAUAAGUGGAGGGAAAGAGCAAGCAGCAAAGCUGGAUAAGUCUUGAUUACUACAAAAAAAUUUGGGAAGAAAGGAUAACAUCCUUUCCCUGAUCUCUCCUCUGCAGUAAACUCUUGCCAUUCCCUGUUAGGAAAACUAAAUGUUAGAAGAUAAUAUGCAAGAAGAAAAAAUUUAAAUGCUGUACAAGUCGAAUAGCUAUGCUAUCUAAUAAGCACAAAAUGCAAAGCCCUGAAAAGAAAGAUUAAUUUGUGAUCACUGUCACAGAAAAUGUAUCAUAGAAUUUGCCAGUCCUUGCAAGUACCUGAAGACUAAUUAUACAUCAGAAGGGACAGAGGUUAUGUCUUCCUAGGUAGGUUCACUGCAAAGCAGAGGUGUCAGAAGAAGAGACAGUCCAUAGAUUUGGUUGUAUGUCAGACACCACAAUGACAAAUGCUUGGAACUGAAAUAUGAAAAAAAAAUAAUUGCCUGUUUAGAAACCCUGUAUCUGAUUCCAUCCAUUCUGUCCCUUUUUACUGGGUGAACAGGACAUUGUGAACCUUACUUUACUGCUGGAAAUUUGAAUGCCUGAUUUCAAAUUUCAGUGGCCAUUCUUGUGAAGGACAGUAUUUCAGACAUAAAUGUAAUGCAUCAUUUUGCUUAAUUAUAAAGCCUGGCUGUACAUAGGAGGCAUUGCUUCUCUGGAGUUUGAAAGUCUAGACAGGAAUUCCUAAAAGUACUUUAUGUAUGUGAAUUGCUCCACUUUAUGAAAAUCUAUCUAAAAACUUGAAGUUCAAUAGAAAAUCUGGUGGGGAAAGCUUGGGAGUCAAGAAACAUCACCAAGGAUUUCAAGCUUUAACUUCCUAUUGAUUUGUAAACCAGAGAUUUCUUGGAUUAAUUAGGGGAGUUUUUCCUUGGGUUUUGUUUGUUCAGGAUGCGUUGCUUCAAAUAACUUUGAUAAUAGUCAGGAUAGAUAGGUCUCUGUGUAUGCUUCUAUAUACAGUGUUUAUUAUAUUUAGACGUAUUAGUGCCCUUACUAAUACAAUUUUUUGUAUCCUC